AUGGAUUCAUGGGGUAUAUUGAACGUUGACACCGCGGCGGCGGCCAUAUCUAGAGAUGACAUGACCUCUAGUUUUCGACGUAAACAGACUAUGGAUAUAACAAUGCCGUUUCAUCCGGAUAAAGACUUCCACUUGCAGAUGCUAAUGCUUCUCAUUAACUCAGAUGUUGAACCAACUGACGAAGCCUCAGACGAGGAACCAAUCCCUCCUCCCAGGAAUAAAAGAAAUAAACACACUAUAGAGAAGCUACCAGAUAAGGUAUUGCUUAAUAUCUUUUCGUAUUUAUCCCACCGUGAAAUAUGUCGUAUGGCUACCGUUUGUAAGAGAUGGCGCAUGGUCGCUUACGAUACAAAACUAUGGACGCACGUUAGUUUGAGACCGGAGAUAUCUGGACUCCAUGUUGGCUCGCUGGAAUCUCUCCUUGCUUUAAUAUCAAUAAGAUUCGGUCCGUCUCUACGAUACAUCGAACUGCCGAUAGAAUUGAUAACUCACACUGUAUUACACGAACUGGCAGCUAAAUGUCCUAAUUUGACGCACAUGUUGUUAGAUUUCAGUACAGCGAUGCAACUUCACGACUUUUCCGAGAUGCAGGCGUUUCCUACUAAGCUGCGUUACUUGUGCAUCUGUCUGUCGGAAGUUAUAUUCAUGGAAGGAUUCAUGAGGAAGAUUUACAAUUUCAUCAAUGGACUGGAAAUAUUACAUUUGAUAGGUACAUACGAAAAAGUCGAAGAGGAAGAAGAAGAAAUAUACGAAGUUAUAAAUGUUCACAAACUAAAGUCAGCUACACCCAACUUGAGAGUGAUCAACUUGUAUGGGAUUAACUUCGUAGAUGACUCACAUAUAGAUGCUUUUAGCUCCAACUGUAUACAGCUGGAAUGCCUGGCGGUGAACUUCUGUAACAAGGUGACCGGCUCCACGAUGAAGACUUUGUUCCAACGCUCCAGGAGACUCACUUGCCUCUUGAUGCACGGAUGUAGUCUCCAAUCAUCCAACGUGAUGCAGGUGGAGUGGGAGAAGUCCUCCAUCCAGGAGCUGGACGUGACGGCCACCGACCUGUCCACCGAGUGUCUCAUAGACAUGCUGACACGGAUCCCCGGCCUGAGGUUCCUGUCCGCGGGGCAGAUCAACGGGUUCAAUGACUCCGUGCUUAAAGCUUGGAUGGAGGCUGGGACUGCCAGGAACCUCGUAGCCUUGGAUGUGGAUGCGUCAGACAAUCUAUCAGACGAGGCGCUCCACCGAUUCCUAUCGCGCCACGGCGGCGCGCUGCACGGCCUGGCGCUAGCAGGCAUGCCUCACAUCACCGACCAGUUGUGGCAGAGUGUGCUCUCACUACUCACUAACGCCAAGAUCUUAAUCAUGGGUACACAGGAACGACUUGGCGUUAAUAUUCACGUUGAUCAGCUAAUGGAUGGUAUCGCUAAUAGCUGUCCUAACCUCGAGAGGCUCGAACUUAGAUGGGACCCUGAGAACCUUCGUUUCAGUGACAAGAGCCAGAAAGCUAUAGACAUUCUACGUGUUAAAUGUUUGAAACUCAAGUGUCUUGUUCUGAGUGACGGCCGCUACUAUGAAAUAGUAAAGGCCAACUUCGAGCGCGCUGAUCGAACUACAGUAGUACGAACAUCCACCAACUGCCGAGUAUCAAACUACUACCUGCUCUCAAAUUAUAAGGAUCUUAUAUUUAAUUAA